AUGGCCACCUAUAUGCCCAUGCAGCUUUCUAUCUCCACCAAGCCCCAUGGCGCUGUCACUACGCCAGGGCUUGGCCUUACGCCUCCUGUGACUCCCACCAUCGAGGACCGUGCCAACAGCUCCACCAUCCCAUCCCCCCUGUCGGGCACAUGUUCCGACAGUGAGGCAGUGUCGAGCCCCCCGCAGUUCCUCGAUGAGCUGGAAUACCAGCGCGACGAAAAUGGUCGUCUCGUUACAUUUGGCGACGGCGCUUGGAGCGUCGUUUACAAGGCCUUCGCCUCCCCCCGGGCUAUUAACCCAACGCGCCCAUUUACGCCCCCAAGCUCGCCGAAUCCGGCCGGCCGCUUGGUGGCCGUCAAAUCACCAGGACGGGGCGAUGCCCGUCCUGUUCUGUACGCAGAAGCCCUUGCACUAACCCGAGCUAGCUCUACUCCUGGCUCAGAGAAUUACAUUGUCCCAUUCCUCGGCUUCAUCAACGCCUCCAGCUCCAUCGUCAUGUCAGCUAUUCCACUCUCCUUAUCAAGCUACAUCGAGGACAAGGCCCGCAUCAUGCGGCAGAACUUCACCACACGGACCAUGUACGAUCCGGUCAUAGGCAUGCCACAGUGGCAUGACCUUGCCAAACAGCUCAUCAAGAGUCUUGACUGGCUCCAUAACCAAGCCCAGAUCGUGCACGCCGACAUCAAGCCUCAGAACAUCCUCCUUCGCCCCCGAAUCUCCUUAGAUGACGACAAGGAGUCUACUGAGUUCCCCUAUGAGCCGCUAUUCGCGGACUUUUCCUCCUCGCAUUCCAUCUCCACCACCGGAACUCAGAUCCCAUCCAGCGCUUGCCUCUCAGCCACAACCAUCCCUUUCACGGCACCGGAACUCCUGAGCGUGCUAAAAAAUCCCGACGCCGUCCCGGAGCCAUCUUCCGAUGUCUUCUCCCUUGCAGUCACCCUUCUUGGCGCCGCAACUGGUGAUAUCCUAAUCUACCCUCCUGGGCUCCACCCAAUGCAGCGCCAAAUGUUAGGGCAACAGGGUCAUCUAAUUAUCAGCAACGCCCGCCAAUCUGGAAAUAACGGCACCCGCGUCCCGAAGAACGGACUAGUCGAGAAGCUUCUCCAACCGGCCGUUUCUAAGAACCCGGCUGAGCGAGUCACUGCUCGUGCAUGGUUCGACCUGGCCAACGCUCUAUAG